AUGUCGACGUCCUCAGCAGCGCCCGAGUCAUGGAUCUCGAGCUUCUGCUCCCUAAUUGGACAUGAAUAUUUCGCGGAGGUUUCAGAGGAGUUCAUCGAGGAUGACUUCAAUCUCACGGGAUUGCAGACGCAGGUAGCCAUGUACAAAGAGGCAUUGGAGAUGAUCCUUGACGUGGAACCCGAGGAGGACGAUGAAGAUGAGGAAGAAGAGGACGAAGAAGACGAGAGUUUAAUCGGCGAGGGCGGCGAGGUAGCCGGACGCGAACGAAGACAUCAUAGCAGGAUGGCCAGUGACCUUUCGGUUAUCGAGUCCUCCGCAGAGAUGCUCUACGGGCUUAUUCAUCAACGGUUUAUAUGCUCCAGAGCUGGCAUGCAGCAGAUGAGCGAAAAGUACGAAUUGGGUCACUUUGGCGCCUGUCCGCGAACAAACUGCAUGCAGGCCAGGACACUACCGGUCGGGCUGUCGGACAUUCCAGGCGAGGAGACGGUGAAGCUGUUUUGCCCCGCUUGUCUCGACGUGUACGUUCCACCCAACAGUCGGUUCCAAACGGUCGACGGCGCCUUCUUUGGGAGGACGUUUGGCGCUCUCUUCCUCCUCACAUUCCCCGACUACGAUCUCACAAAACGAGGAGCAGACGUCAUGCAGGACAUCACCUCUCGGAUUUCCGGACACCCGGAGAUUCUGAAUGGCUUCUUUGCUAAGAACAUAGCUCCCGGACUUGGAGCGGGUCACGUGUACGAGCCCAAGAUAUACGGCUUCAGAGUCUCGGAGAGAGCGAGGUCAGGGCCGCGCAUGCAGUGGUUGCGCGAGCGUCCGGGAAAUAUCAACGAGCUGGACGAGGCUCGCUUGUUUGCCGAGCAGAACCCCGAUUCGGAGGACGAUGAAGGGGCCAACACCAAUGGGAGGGUGGCUGUUGUGAGGCGGCGAGCCCCUGGCAAUGCUCGCUUACGCCAGCGCCAACAGCAGCAGCAGCAGCAGCAGCAGCAAAGGCAGAAUGGGAGUCCCAUGGCGUUGUCGACCAAUGGGGCCGAAUCGGAGCUGUAG